AUGUGGAGGUCCGGUGAUGUGGUGUUGAGGUCCAGUGAGGUGGUGUUGAGGUCCAGUGAGGUGGCGUGGAGGUCCAGUAAGGUGGUGUGGAGGUCCAGUGAGAUGGUGUGGAGGUCCAGUGUGGUGGUGUGGAGGUCCGGUGAUGUGGUGUUGAGGUCCAGUGAGGUGGUGUUGAGGUCCAGUGAGGUGGCGUGGAGGUCCAGUAAGGUGGUGUGGAGGUCCAGUGAGGUGGUGUUGAGGUCCAGUAAGGUGGUGUGGAGGUCCAGUGAGGUGGUGUGGAGGUCCAGUGAGGUGGUGUGGAGGUCCGGUGAUGUGGUGUUGAGGUCCAGUGAGGUGGUGUGGAGGUCCGGUGAUGUGGUGUUGAGGUCCAGUGAGGUGGUGUUGAGGUCCAGUGAGGUGUCGUGGAGGUCCAGUAAGGUGGUGUGGAGGUCCAGUGAGAUGGUGUGGAGGUCCAGUGAGGUGGUGUGGAGGUCCAGUGAGGUGGUGUGGAGGUCCAGUGAGGUGGUGUGGAGGUCCAGUGAGGUGAUGUGGAGGUCCGGUGAUGUGGUGUUGAGGUCCAGUAAGGUGGUGUGGAGGUCCGGUGAGGUGGUGUGGAGGUCCAGUGAGGUGGUGUGGAGGUCCAGUGAGAUGGUGUGGAGGUCCGGUGAUGUGGUGUUGAGGUCCAGUGAGGUGGUGUGGAGGUCCGGUGAUGUGAUGUUGAGGUCCAGUGAGGUGGUGUGGAGGUCCGGUGAUGUGGUGUGGAGGUCCAGUGAGGUGGUGUGGAGGUCCAGUGAGGUGGUGUGGAGGUCCGGUGAUGUGGUGUGGAGGUCCGGUGAUGUGGUGUGGAGGUCCAGCGAAGUGGUGUUGAGGUAUGGUGAGGUGGUGUGGAGGUCCGGUGAGGUGGUGUGGAGGUCCAGUGAGGUGGUGUGGAGGUCCAGUGAGGUGGUGUGGAGGUCCAGUGAGGUGGUGUGGAAGUCCAGUGAGUUUAUGUGGAGGUCCAGUGAGGUGGUGUGGAGGUCCAGUGAGGUUAUGUGGAGGUCCAGUGAGGUGGUGUGGAGGUCCAGUGAGGUGAGGUGGUGUGGAGGUCCAGUGAGGUGA